AUGAAAAAUAAAUAUGAUACAAAUGGCACACGCACUCGUAGCACAAAAAGGCGUGCAAAUUCAGAUGAUGUAAAAAUGACGAAGAAGGUUGCGACUUUUAAACGAAGCCAAACCAGAAAGGACAAAAAGAACGAUAAAAAAGAAGCUAAUGAUGUCAGAAUUAGUCAACAAGAUACCAUCUAUAUUGUGUCUAAUACAGUAAUGCAGGCAAAGAUUCCGUUAAAGAUUUUGGCCCAAAGAGAAUUCUCUUUGCCACAGUCUAUCUUCGGUGAAAUGAUGAGAAAUCGAGUAACAACCUUUAUUGUGCCCGAUACAGCCAUGCCAACGGGACCACGAAAGAGUAAACGAUCGGCAUUGGCAUUUGGGUCUAGAAUCCCAUCUAAGAUCUUGAUCAAAAGAGAAUUUUUUUUACCAAAGUCGAUCUUUGAAAAAAUGAUGAAAGAGAGAGAAGCAGUUCGUUAA